AAAUUAAAUACGUGUACUUGGCUGCAUUUAUCAUUGCUAAGCAUACUCGUAUACCUUAAAAGAGAAUCAUGCCAACAAACAUCUUAAUGAUAGAGUGUAUUUAUGGCAAGAUCUGACAUCAUCGGAGACGGGAUUUUUUAACUAUAUAGUCUUCAGUAUGACCACAACUGAAAAUGUGGAAAUGUUAACGAGGAACAAGGAAAAAACAUACGUAAAAUUUGAGUGGAGAAAAACCUCCUGUAGGAACAAAAUGUAACAAAUUCUUCUGAAUAACGGUUUCCUCUCACGAAAAGUAAAAACGUCACGGCUCUAAAAUGGCAUACUGUGGGACAGCUUCAAAGUGGGCGAAGCUUGGUUUACUUCUCCACUAUUUAGGACUAGCAUUGUUUUUAUCAGGGUUCGGGACAGUAGGAUGGAUGGUGUUACAAACCGUACAAGACAAUAAGGACGUUACAGUGGGACUGUUCAAAAUGAUUGACUGUUCUUCGGGAAGUUGUUCAACAUCUGAUAUAAACUCCGCCUAUCAAAACAAUGGCCGGGACGCCACCCUUGGAUUAAUGAUCGUAGUGUUGGUAUCCGCGGGGCCAAUUACCGUAAUGUACAGUAUUUACGUCGCCGCCGAAGCUGCCAGAUCCAAAUGUUUUGCUAUAACCAUGAUAUGCAUGUGCUUUACUGCAGCCUUACUUGCAGUGAUUGGUAUGAUAGUUUAUGCAGUACUAUUACCGGCAGACUUCUACUCAUCAUACUCACUAGGAUUAAUCACGAUAGCAGCAGGACUCUUUGCAACAGCCGGGUGUUUACUUAUACCAGACAUCCGUAAUAACAUUUACAAGACUACCAAGACUCGAGUGACCCCUCCCCCUCCAUCUCCUAGUCUCCCACCGAUAGAAAGUCCCCUUUCUCCUCGGUAUUGGGAGCGCACCCCACAGUACUACACCCCAAUCCCCCACCCACCAAAGAAGAGAGGAUACUGGGAAUACAAAGAGUAUGAUACACCACGUAAUGUUGAACCACGAUCUCCACGUGAAGUUGUGAGGGUGCAUUUACGUUCCACGACUCCACUUUCAGUCGGCAAUAUGUCCACAACGCCCUCACCUCGACGGUAUGGCACACCGCCAACAGUCCAAAGAUACGACUACAAAGCCAGAUAGCUGAUGUGGAAACUUUCAGAGUACGGUUUUACUAACAAUGCUACAACAUUCUGCAAUAGCAGUUAAAAGUGUCUAAAGUGCAAACAUUUUGUACAUAAAAAAUCUAAUGAACUAUAUUUGAAUUAAUGUGUCACGAAGCACAAACGUGUAAAAUUCAAAACUUGGGAUGAAAAACUUUUUAACAACCUUCUGUUUGGUCUGAGCUCACACAACCGUUUCCGACACUAUUAUACUACAUCUAAGUAACUGUCGACAGCAGAUAAAAAUCUUUACUUCCAGUAUUCUGUUUCUUUAUGAAGUACAGCUCAUUCAUAGAUGUAUAAACAUACAAGUGUGUAUUUACUUGCUCAAAUGUUAUAAGAAAAUUGAAAACUAACUGUAAAGAAUGUACAUGUAUGUAAUUGUCUACGGUGUACUGGUAAGGUGUAAAAACCGGAAUGGGGCCGGAAUAGAGGUAGUGACUGAACAAAAAAUGCAAUAUCUCCACUAAUACUACAUGUAUAUAUAUUUUCAUUCCGUAAAGUUUCCGCAUAUCUGUAUCACAAGGACUGUUAGAAUAUAUAAAAAUAUUUAAAAUAAAUUAAUAUGGUAUAUUGAUAAACCUUGCCGGAAUGGACCGAGCUCGAAAAAAAUACUAAUCUGAACUGAGAGAAUGGACUCGUUUAACUGGCAAUAUAGGGUCACUCAGUCCCACUUAGGCACUCAAAGUUCUACUAAAUGUACCUCCUACACAGGAGAGCUCUUAUCUCGAAACUGGUGUAAUGCUAUUUUUCGAAGUCCAAGGGCCAUAACUUAAUGAAAAAUCGAAAUUCGAACUUGAUCUGUAACUUGUUAUGACAAAGCAAUGUACCGAACCUCAAAUGAAUAUCUGCAAGCACAACAACAAAAAACUGAUAAUUCAUGUUAUUUUUCUAAGUCCAAGGGCCAUAACUUAAGUGAAAAAUCAACGGACCGAGACGAAAUUUGAACUUGAUCUGCAACUUGUUAUGGUAACGCAAUGUACCAAAUAUCAAAUGAAUAUCUGCAAGCACAUAAAAACAAGAAGCCCACAGGCCUUAUCGGUCACCUGAGUACCAGUGAAAAAGUAUCACUACUCCCAAGGGCUAUGAAAUCUAGAAAAAAAGUUCUUGUUCUGAAUAUAUAAGCUAAAUUCUAACGUUCGGCAACAGUAUAAAACAAGAUAUCGUUCUUAAAACUUUAAUGUCCUCAAAAGUGCAUACAUUGAUGAAAGGCUUUACAUAAUAUAAUAGGCGUAUUCACAUUAAAACAUUAAAAGAUAUGACUAAUUUGGACCCAUUCUAUAUUCUAUGGGUUGCGAAAUUCACCAUUUUUUGUACAUCCUUUUCUGUUAUUCCUAAGUAAGCAUUUAGAUUUUAUCCAGUAUAAGCAAACUUACACAUAAAUACAUGUACUAUAUACUAAGUUUGGUCCCACCCUGGGGUCAGAACCCCUACCCCGGGGAUCAUCAAAUUUACAAUUUUGGAAAAAAGAUUACCUGCUUUUUUAAAAUUAUCCAUUUAGUUUCAAUAACACUAAAGAUGUUAUUUAAGUAUUUCACACAUAAACACUACAUAGUACGUUUGAUCCCGCCCUGGGGUCAUAACCUCUACCCCGGGGAUUAUGAAAUUUACAUUUUGGUAAAGGUCUUCCUGCUCUACAUCACUAUGCAUUUAGUUUUUCUUAAACCUGUGCGGCUGUAAAAAAAAAGAUUUUUGAAAAUUGGUCAAUUUUGGGCAGUUUUUGCCUCAGAGUCACCCCUAAGGCCCCAGGGGUGCAGGAUCCCGAAAAUUACAAUUUAUGUCCCCCUUGUUCCGACGAUGAUUCUUAUCAAGUUUGAAAAGAAUUGGAAUGAUAGUUAUCAAGAAGUUCAAAAAAAUUAUUGUUAUUGUUUACUCAUUUAAUAACUGGCCAUUUUGGUCCCACCCCGAUACCACAACCCCUAUAUAUAUUUACACUUUUAGUAAAGGACUAACUACUCAUACUAAAUAUCCAUUUAUUUUAAAUUUAGUAUCAAUAGCACUAAAGGAGAUGUUAUUUAAGUGUUUUUACACAUAAGCACUAUAUAGUACGUUUGGCCCCGCCCUGGGGUCAGAAUCCCUACCCCGGGGAUCAUGAAAUUUACAAUUUUGGUAGAGGCCUUCCUGCUCUACAUCACUAUGCAUUUAGUUUUUCUUACACGUCUGCGGAUCUUGAGAGGAUUUUUUUAAAAUUCAAUUUUAGGCAGUUUUUGCCCUGCCCCAAGAGUGCAGGAGUCCUGAAAUUUACAAUUUAUGUCCCUCUUGUCCCAAAGAUGCUUCAUACCAAAUUUGAAAUGGUAGUUAUCAAGAAGUUAAAAAUGCUCUAUUGUUUACACAUUUAACAACUGACCAUUUUGGUCCCACCCGAUACCAAAACCUCUACCUCUGGGAUCAUCAAAAUUACAAUUUUGAUAAAAGGACUACCCUUGAACUCUGCAUAAUUAUAGUUAUCAUCAUAGAAGCAUGAGAAUGAUAUUGUGUGGAAACAGACAAUUUGACUCUUUUACUCCCAAAUCCUGCAUUCAAUGCAUUGUAAUAUCUUGAAAUGUGUUUUAUAGAAGUCAUGAAAUUAAACAGUGAACACAUCUUUUCAACCAUCAAUAGUUAAAAUGAACAAUUUCUGAAAUCUUUUGAAUUCGUGAUUUGAGUACAAGUAUUAUAGUAUGAGGGUCUUUAAAUUUUGAGCACACCUCCAAUGCAAACCCUGGUCUACUACUGCAUUAACAAGUUACCCUUUGAGCAUUAAUUCAUGAUCACGACAGCUCCAUUGUGAAGGUGAAAUGGAAACCAAUCACUGGUGCGAUGUCAUUUUCCCUCAUAUCAUUUUGAUAAUUACCCCCUGUUGUGCGCAAUGAGAAUUAGAAUGGCUUUACGUGGGUUUUGGCAUACUUAUAUACAUGUACGCAUAAUUUUAUUUGUAUUAACUGGAUGAUUCUGGUAACCUAAUUUAUCCUUCCAUUGCAUUCCUUUCGAGAAGAACAUUUCAAAAGCUAAUUUCUAUCACACAAGCGAGAAGACUGUAAGGAAAAUAAGGUGAAUAAAUCCCAUGAAGGCAUGUACUUUUAUUUCUAUGAUGAAAAUGUACUUUGCAUGGUGUGGAUUUUCCAAUGAGAGUUCAGAAUUCAUUAUUCGAAACUUGAGUUAAACAAAGUCGGGUUAUCAGCUAAGAAAGGUAAAUAAACCUUUGACGUACAUUGUAUUCAAGAAUGAGAGAAUUGUUUAUUGAAGCUUUCCAAUGCUAAAAUUAAGAAGCACAAUGACCAUUUCCACUUUGGAAAUUACGAUAAAUUAUACAUAUAUGUUUGUUGAGUUUUUAUUGUGUGACUUUACGAUUGUUCAUUGUCUUGAAAGUGUCAGGAGUGUGCCAGAUGGAUAUAAGAUACAUGGGAACAUACUAUAGCAUUUUUUACUCAAAAAGAGCAGUUGUAGCACUGAUAAAAAUACUAUCUUUAGAGUUCCCUUAUUUUUUUCUAAUUAUGCUUUACAUAGUCUCAUGUUCGGGUAGUUUUCUUUUUAUAAAGAAUUGGGGUUUUUUUUUAAAAUAUAAACUCUGUUUAUGGUUGAAAAUAAUAUUAUACAUAUACACUAUAUGAUUUUAUAAAAAUCAAAAGAAAAACAUCAUUCUUUAAGAAAUUCAAAUAUUCCAGAUUAUCUAAUUAGACAAUAAAGUUUUUCAUAAUCAGGUCAGGAGUGUGACAACUUUUAUUAGAAAAAGACAAAUUUUCAAAAAGCAUAAACUUGAUUACAUGUAAUUUCUAUUCAUCUGACUUUUACAACAAAUAAAUUGUAUAUAAUUUACUCUGAGAAAAAUGUGAUUUGAGAUAAAAUUGGUGUUUCUUUUAAUAAUACUGAUAUUUAUUUAACCAGUAUUGGACCAAAAUUUCAUUAAAAUGAGACUGUAAUUUAUUACAUGACAACAUUUCACACAAAUAUCAACUGUUUCAAAGAAAUAUAGCAAGUCUUAACAUUUAAAAAAAAUGACAGCUAAAAAAUUCUUAUAUUGUUGUUUAUUGUUAUAUAUAUAAUUACAAAAACAUGUCAGGAGUGUGACAAAACAUAGAGGUUGUUUUCAAAUUGAUAUAAAUAUAUAAAAAAUAAUCGUUCCACUUAUCAACUUACUUUUGUUCCUCAAUUGUAAACCAGAUAUACAAAAAUGAUAAUCAGACUUUUUACUCAAAUAUUUUAAGAUUUUGGAUAUAAAUUUAAAAAAAUUACAACUGAAACCUAAAAAUCUGUCCAAAACUUUAGGUUUUUUGUAAUUUUUUUAACUAAACAGUUGAAUAUAUAUGCAAAGUUGGAUACCAAAAUGUUUAACAGAUAUCCUAAUAUGUAAUUAAAAUGUUUAUAUCCAUUGCAUCCUUUUAAGAAAAAAAAUGAACUUCUUGAAAAUUUUGCAUGUACUUGUAAUUUUUUUUUCAAUUAUGUUGUUAUUAAAAGUUGAUUUUACAAAAAAAAAACGUCUUUAGUUAUUAUAUUGACCAUCUAGAUUAGAAAAAUAUAAUAUAGCACUAACAUUUCUAUAACAAUUUUUCAUCAAUCUGACCACCUUGAAAUUUGACCCCCUUCGUCACACUUAUUUAUUUUAUUUUAAACCACCCUAGUGCAUAAUGUGCCUGUGUAAAGUGACUAGUGUCAACAAAUUUAUGCCCACUGCCAAAAUAUAAAUUACAAGGAUCUGUAACCCAAUGAUCCGCUAACGUAGAUCACUAGUCACUACACAAGGAUCUGUAACCCAAUGAUCCGCUAACGCAGAUCACUAGUCACUACACAAGGAUCUGUAACCCAAUGAUCCGCUAACCUAGAUCACUAGUCACUACACAAGGAUCUGUAACCCAAUGAUCAGCUAACGUAGACCACUAGUCACUACACAAGGAUCUGUAACCCAAUGGUUCGCAUGACCUUUCGUUAUCAGCCAAUCACAUACAACGCAGUCAGAUUCUUCCAGCGAUGUUUUUCCAUAAACCCUUGUGUCAAUUUAGAUAGUACGUUAAAGAUGACUGCGCCCAUGAUCGGAGGCUGUACGCCUGUCAAAACAUCUACAGUGUAUACAAUUUCUGCCCAUAAACUCCGUAACGCUUGCUCCACAGAGUUACUGUUUGCAGUAAGAUAUAAUAGAAUCUUACUUGAUUAGUAAAUAUCGCAAAAAUAAUUAAAAACCUACUUUCGUUUUCGAUAAACUACCCUGAAAUAGCAAAAAUGAAAGCAAAGUGGCAGAUCUAAACCAGUUUUAUUUUUUAUUUUUUAAUGACAACUUAUGAUAAUACUAUAUGAAGAUAAUUCGUUGUUUAUCGAUGCUUGAUUUUGAUCUUCAGAAGAAAUAAGUUUUGAUUAUUGUUGAAUAAAUGAAAUAUGCUUGUUCGUUUUAUCAAUCCAUGAUUCCCGUAGGGAUUCGGGCUAGAAUAGGUCCUCAGUACCCCUUGCUUGUCGUAAGAGGCCUUCGGAUGAGACCGCAAAAACCGAGGUCCCGUGUCACAGCAGGUGUGGCACGAUAAAGAUCCCUCCCUGUUCAAUGGCCAUAAGCGUCGAGCAUAGGCCUAAAUUUUGCAGCCCUUCACCGGCAGUGGAGACGUCUCCAUAUGAGUGAAAUAUUCUCGAGAGGGACGUUAAAAUACAUUCAAUCAAUCAAUCAAUCAAUCCAUGAUUUUAAUCUUGAAUCAGCCUUUAAUAUGGAAAUUUCCAGAACGAAACGAUGCAACGUCAUACCAAUCGCAUAUUCUCGGACCUUUCCGGCAAGCCAACAAGAUGCGAUUGGUUUACAAUAUGAUCAGCAUAAAAUUGUGUAGGUUUUCAGUGUUAGUUAUACUUAUGAUAAUUUUGACUAGGCUCAUAUUUAUCAUUUUAUGAAGAUUUAUGAUUAUUUUACUUAUGUAAAUCACAUUCAACGAAGGACACCCCUCUCCCUCUCCGAGACCAACGAUCUGACACAUCGGUGAAUUUUCAAAAUAUGAUAUUCAUCUGAUAUUUCCAAUGUUGAAGAGCGUACUACUCUGGAAAGGCCUAACUUUCCUAUAAGGCCCCGUGUUAUUCAGCUUGGCGUACAUUCUUACAAUGAUCGCUUCGUUGGUUCAUUAAUGGUAGAUGACUCUGGUAGCGAAGCAUGAGAUAUGUACACACCAAAGACAGAUCACAUUUCUAAGAUUAUUUAGGUAUAAUUAUAUAAGAUUUUAUAUUCAAGGGUUGUGUAGAGUUUUUCUCCUAUCUAGACCCACUCACUUUGAAUGGAGAAUUUUCACGCGGACACCUAACUUUUUCAAGCAUUUUUGAAAACGAAAUUUUUUUUUACUUUCUUUUCCAGAUUCACCUAAUCAAAUUACAAAAACUUUAAAGGACAACAAAGAAACAAAACAUAAAAUAAAUAGAUGAUUUUAAAAAAAAAGGGGGGGGACAUACUCCCCCCAAAAACACCAAAAGGAGAGAAAAACACAAGAAAAUCAAAGAUCGUGAAUUCCGAGUAACUAUCAAUCAUAGAUGGAAUUAAUUACUGAUGUAAUAUGUCACAUCGCUCAAAUACUUUCUCCAAACAAAAUACUAAUAAAUCUUCAAUAAAUUUAAUGUUUUCUGGUCAAAAUAUCGCUAAAAAGCAAGUACUUUUGACAAAUAUUGCAAUAUUAUUAUACAAUCAUGUUUAAUUAAGCAGUAUACAUACAAAUAAACACUUAAAUUGCAUUAGAUUUGGAAAUUUUACCAGCGUACUCUAAAGUACUCUAAUGUACAUGUACUCCAGCGUACUCUGUUUAAGUACCCUUCCUCUAUAGCGCAAUAUUAUUUAAUUCUGAUUUUCAGCGCUUACGCGAGGUUUCAUCUGGUGCAAUGUAAACAAUAUCUGCAAUCUCUGCAGGUUUUGUUUUCUUCAGCCUGUUAAAAGUCCGAUGCACAGGAAGCAAUAAAAAAUUAUUGGAUAGAAAAUUAGAAUUGACCGACAAAAGAAAACAGUUGAUUAGUAACGCUCUAAACCUCGACAUCGUUGAAAGUACCGAUACAGUUGUAGUGCAAGAAAUGUUUCAGGUCGGUACAAACGAUUAAAAAAUCCUUAGAGCUAAAAGACGGUGAAAAAAGUGCUUUCUUUAUUGACAUCAAUAAUUGGUAAGGAAGAUUUUCCAAACAUCGGCCGGCCACUUCAUCAGCCAUCUUGACAAAUUGUACACAUCAUUAUUCAUACAUGAAUCGUAAUUGACAAUUUAUGAAAUUUGGUUGUAUUUCAUCUCGUACAUGUAUGUUUUGUUGUUUGUGCGAAUCAGAUAAAUUAGGCAUUAUUGCAAAAGUUUUGAAAAUGCAUAUGCAAGCACAUACAGUUUUAUAAUGUGAAGUAAACUUCGCUGGAGAGAAAUUACUGCGACUUGUUUACAAAUUACAUGUAACUGGGACGUCAUUAUCUGUAUGGCGCAAUUUGAUUGGCUGAUAGUUCUCAUUAAUAUUCCAAACAAAAGGUCAUGCAAACGUCAUCCUCUAUUGGUUACUUCAGAUUCUUGUGUAGUGAUCUACGAGAGCAGAUCAAAGGGUCUGAUUUUAAUCAAAUUGUGUAGUGGAUGUAAGAAGAUAACAUCCAAAAAUCAAGAGACCCAUGGGUCACAUCGCUCACAUGAGUCACCUUGGCCCAUAUUUAAAAAUGUUCCCUAUAUAUUCGCAUUUAAAACUAUCACCCCUAUCGUGGCCCCAACCUACCCCUGGGGUCAUGAUUUUUACAAAUUUGAAUAUGCCCUAUGUCAGGAAGCUUUCAUGUAAAGGUAAACUUCUUUGGUCUAAUGGUUCUUGAGAAGAUUUUUAAAGAUUUUCUCUAUAUAUUAGAAUGUAAAACUUUGAUCCCUUAUUGUGGCCCCAUUCUACCUCCGGGGGCCAUGAUUUCAACAAACUUUAAUCUGCAGUAUGUCAGAGAGCUUUCAUGUAAAUUUGAACUUUUCUGGACCAGUGGUUCUUGAGAAGAUUUUAAGGAUUUUCCCUAUAUAUCCGCAUGUAAAACUUUGAUCCCCAAUUGUGGCCCCACCCUACUCCUGGGGGACCAUCAUUUAAACAAACUUGAAUCUGCACUAUUUCAGGAAGCUUUCAUGUAAAUUUCCACUCUUCUGUACCAAUGGUUCUAGAGAAAAAGAUUUAUAAAGAUUUUCUCUAUAUACUCGCAUGUAAAACUUUGAUCCCUACUGUGGUCCCACCCUAACCCCGGGGGCUAUCAUUUGAACAAGAUUGCUACACGUAGCCAUGUCUCCCACCGCCGCAAAAAAAGUUGAAACACAAAAGUCCCAUAACUCCUGUAAAAUUUGUCGAAUCAAAAUGACGGCGCAAUAUGACCAACUACAUAUGGUGACUAACAAUCCUACAACAUUUGAACAAAAUCUGUUGAGCGGUUUUGGAGGAGUUGCAUCCACAAAGUGUUAACUCCUGUAAAAUUUGUCGAAUCAAAAUGAUGGCGCAAUAUGAUCAACUACAUAUGGUGACUAACAAUCCUAUAAAAUUUGAAUGAAAUCCGGUGAGCGGUUUCAGAGGAGUUGCAUCCACAAAGUGAUCCUAUACUGUACUAUGUACAAAUUCAACAAAGUCCCAUAACUCCUGUAAAAUUUGUCGAAUCAAUAUUGUGGCACAAUAUGAUCAACUACACAUGGUGACUAACAAUCCCACAAAAUAUGAACAAAAUCCAUCGAGCGGUUUCCACAAAGUGUUCCUAAAGUGUAGCAUGUACAAAUUCCACAAAGUCCCAUAACUCCUGUAUAAAUUGUCGAAUCAAAAUGGCGGCAUAAUAUGAUCAACUACACAUGGUGAUUAACAAUCCGACAUAUCAUGAACAAAAUGGCAACUAACAAUCCUACAAAAUAUGAACAAAAUCCGUUGAGCGGUUUCUGAGGAGUUGCGUCCACAACGUGAAGUGGGACAGACGGACGCACAGACACCGGUAUUUCUAUGUCCCCUUCCGUGUUGCGGUAGGGGACAAAAAACAUGAAUCUGCACUGUGUCAGGAAGCUUUCAUGCAAAUUUAACCUUUCCUGACCCAGUGGUUCUUGUGAGGAUUUUUAAAUGAUCCCACCCUAUUUUUGCAUUUUCGUGAUUAUCUCCCCUUGGAAAAGGGCGUUGCCCUUCAUUUGAAGAAGAAAAAAACUUCAAUUCCCUUUACCCAAGGAUGCUUUUUACAAAGUUUGGUUGAAAUUGGCCCAGUGGUUCUGGCAAAGAAGUCGAAAAUGUGAAAAGUUUACAAACAGAUGGAAGGAUGGACAGACAGACAACAGGUGAUAAGAAAAGCUCACAUGAGCUUUCAGCUCGGGUAAGCUAAAAAAAAAUAGUUUUCAAUAUAAACACUAUAUACCAGGUUUGGCCCCACCAUGGAGUAAGAACCUAUUUUUUGUAUAGGCCCUCCUACUCGAUCUACAUCACUACAUUGUAGUUCUUACAGAUGUGCGGUUAUGGAGAAGAUUUUUGAAAUUUGGUCAAUUUUUAGCAGUUUUUGCCCUGCCCCUAAGGCCCCAGGGGUGCAGGGGUCCUGAAACUUAUAAUAUUUAUGUCCCCCUUUAAUGUCCCAUGGACACUUCAUACCAAAUUGGAAAAGAAUUGGAAUGAUAGUUAUGAAGAAGUUAAAAAUGUUCAAAUGUUAUUUUCGGACAUAUCCCAUGUUUCUAAACUUUUUAAUUUUUUCAGCAAAAUUAAUUCAUUUCAUGCCUAAAACUACUUUACAUGUGUUUUAAAUGAAACAGUUUGCAUAGUUUUCAAAUCUUGAUAUAUGCAUAUUUACUUAAAUAUUUACGUGGUAUUAUGUGUGAUGUCACAUGCGACCUCGAGCGAGAAGGUUUCAAAACAGCUCUUAGCCAUUUCAUAAACAGAUUUAAUGGACAAAAGAGCCAAUUAUCACAUUAACGGCCUGUAAAUAACACUGCAUCAAGAUAUUUUGUCCCAUUUAAGGGUGCACUAGCUGUCAGUAAAAAGUAUUUAGAUCCAUGGAAAAGACGUGGAUAUUUUUUGUCGGCGCAAGGACUUUGCCAUAAAAAAAACCCUUGUACAUUUUCAAAAAAUGCAUUUGGACAGAGACCUAGAUAAUCUGCCAGAAAAAUGGUUCUAUCGAAGCCUAAGCCCUCUUUGAUGUCGGCCUACAGCAUAUACAUUCUGUUCUGAUCUUCAAAUUCAAUACACAUUCGCACCAACUGACCUUCACCUUGUAGUAACAUAUAGACAUAACUUGUGCUCCCAGUUUCCACCAACUGGUAGAACGAUUUACAAAAAAUUUAAAGAUAAAAAAUAAUUGAACUGAUGAAAUAUUGUAUUUUAUUACUUUGAAUUGAAUUAUAAUGCUUUCUUUUUUUUUAUUGAACGCAUAACAACAAUACGUGCAGUACGGCAAAUGAUGACCAACGCUGAUCAUUUGAAAUAGGUCAUUAAUUAUUUUAUAAAGCAGAUGUGGUAGCCUCAAAAAAUUAUAAAAUUUGGAGAAUAAGUGCCAUUUUCAUAAGAACAAGGCACAAUUGUGUACAUAAAAAGGCCCAAAAAAUUUCUGUGAUUUAAAUGUGUCUUGAAUCAAGCUUGAUCUGUGUUUUGAAUAAGUUAAAUACAUGCCAAGUACACUAUCUCAAUUUAAAUCAAAGUUAUUUCUAAUUUUAUAGCAUUAUUACGUCAUGAAUACCGUAAAGUAUCGAGUAUUGUGCGCAGUUUUUUCCAGAAUUUCUUACCCAGAAAGUGGGGGGUGCGCACAAUCCAUGGGACUAAAUAUAAAAUCCUUUUUUUACAGGUUUUAGUUCAUGUCACCAGUGACGAUUUUCGCUGUCAUAGCUCUUGUCAGUUUGCUCUAUGCAAAAUACUGCCGGGUUUUAAUCGCGUUAUUUGUAUGCUAAUGCACGUAUAGCAAU